AUGUCAUACCCUCAGCAACCGCCGGUGCAGAGGCCGCCGCCUUUGCGACAGUACAACAGCCCUGGUCCGCGCUCUGUGACAUCACCUGGAGGAUAUUCGCAAGAUGGCUCCCACGGAGGAUACAGCGACGGCGGCAUGGGUAAUCAGGACUAUCAGCAGACCGACCCCGGCUAUGAUGAUGCGGCAUACAGUUACCAGUCCAGCUCCACGGGCUCGCAACCAUACGCUGCUCCUCAGUCUCAGCCACGCUCAAUGCGCCCGCCAGGGCCACCAGGCCCCGGAUACGGACGACCUCCGGGCCCUGGAUACGAUGAUCGACGUGGCUAUCCUCCUGGUGGAAGACCGCCCCCCCAAGCACGACCGAGAACACCUGGUGGUCGCCCACCACCCGGUGGAGCCUUCGACAACCCUUUUCCCUCCUUCCCUAACCGUGACCCAAGAGAUCCGAGACCGCCACGAGACCCACGAGACCCCAGAGGCCCAAGAGACCCGAGGGACCGACGUGGUCCACCCCCACGAGCACUAGAGAACAGCAUGGCCGCAAUGGAUAUCAAUGGCAGGGGCCCUCCCAGACCGCACACCUCGAAUGGGAGACGACCAGAUAUGCGGCCGCCACCUCCACGCGGUCCGCCACCCGGGAGGGGCCGAGGUGGCUAUCCGAUGGGUCCUGUGAGAGCUGCUAGUGCAGGCAGACCAUACCGGCCUGAUGGAGGGUAUCCGGACUCCGGCUCUCCUAUGCCUCCACCCCCGCGAAGUGCGACCAUGCCGUUCACACCCGGCCCACCAAUGUACCCAGGCCAGUCGGCCUACCCUGAACCGGACUACCCGGCGAGUUACAUGGGCGAGCCUCCCCUGCGUCCCAACACUGCUGGUAGCAUGCGACCCCCGCGGCCUCGUGCCCCUGAUGCAGACCCGGGCCUAUCGAACCUCGGUGGUGGACUGAUGAUACCUCCGGAGCCUUCCAAUCGUGUUUCAUAUGCGCCGAAGGAUUUCCUAGACAGUUACUAUGACUCUGGUGGUGGCGCUGAUACCGAUGCGGAUGAACCAGAUAUGCCCAACUUUGAUGCAAUGCCAGACCCCAAGAAUCACACUCCGAUCGAUGAGAUGGGACUUGACGCAACACCGGCCAAAAGACCAGGUCCUGGUCCCACCUCUGCUGCUGGAGAUUACUCGUCAUAUUCCCCUGGUGGCGCCGAAGCUACGCGCUCCCAAUCCCAACCAAACCUUCGACAAGCAAGCGGUGCGAACCAGUUUGAAAAUGCGGGAUUCAAUUUCGGGAUUCCUGGAGAACCUACUGCUAGCCCUACUUAUGGUCAACCCGGCUCUGCUGGAUACGCGUCAAAUGGCUACGAGGAUUAUGUUGGUUAUUCCCAAGGUCCCUCCCCGAUCCGAGCAAACCAGCCAGGUUAUCCGCACGAUCAGGCCGAGAUGGCAGAUCAACAAAACCCCGAUGCACUCCCUCAUCACCCAGCUCCAUUCCGCCCCGGUCACGAUCAAGCAUCGAAACCAGCGCCGCUUCGGCAGUACGGGGCCCCGGAAGCCGCCCCUGCUCCUGCUGCCCCCCAGCCAAGUAUGGCGCCUGGUGCAAAGAUCGUAGCGCCUGUCACCAUUGAAGAAAUUCAGAUGCUACAACAGCAGGCGCGAGCCAAUCCCUCUGAUCAGAAGACCCAACUUCUACUCGCCAAGAAGCUUGUCGAGGCUUCCACAGUUCUAGUAGCGGACAACAGCCGACUCGAUCCCAAAUCCAAGGCCAAGGCCAAGGAGAAGUAUGUGUUGGAUGCACAUAAAAUUAUUAAGAAGCUUGUCACAGCUGGUUACUCUGAAGCCCAGUUCUACCUGGCUGACUGCUACGGUGAGGGCCUACUGGGACUGGAGGCUGAUCCCAAAGAAGCUUUCGCACUGUAUCACUCUGCUGCGAAACAAGGCCACGCGCAGUCUGCGUAUCGGGUGGCUGUCUGUUGCGAGAUCGGCCAGGAGGAAGGUGGCGGUACCAAACGCGAUCCAUUCAAAGCAGUCCAGUGGUACAAGCGUGCCGCUGCCCUCGGUGACACCCCCGCUAUGUACAAAAUGGGAAUGAUCAACCUGAAGGGACUGCUGGGUCAAGCUAGAAAUCCCCGGGAGGGUGUCUCAUGGCUCAAGAGAGCCGCUGAUCGUGCCGACGAGGAAAAUCCACACGCUCUCCACGAGCUUGCGCUGAUGUAUCAGAAUGCCAGCGGUAAUGAUAUCGUUGUCCGCGACGAGGCGUAUGCCUCGGAGCUGUUCCACCAAGCAGCCGAGUUGGGCUACAAGUUCUCCCAGUUCAGACUUGGCAAUGCCUACGAGUACGGCCUGAUGGGAUGCCCAAUCGAUAAUCGCGUCAGUAUCAUCUGGUACACUCGUGCGGCGGCUCAGGGUGAACACCAGAGCGAACUCGCCCUUAGUGGCUGGUAUCUUACUGGAUCCGAGGGGAUUCUAGCGCAGAACGACACCGAGGCUUAUCUGUGGGCGCGCAAGGCCGCCACUGCAGGUCUUGCCAAAGCGGAAUAUGCCAUGGGAUAUUUCACCGAAGUUGGUAUUGGCAUUGCUGCUAACCUGGAUGAUGCGAAGCGAUGGUACUGGCGGGCAGCUGGUAAGUCGACUCUUCCGACUGAUUUUGGUCGUCACGUUAGCUCACAUUCCCUCUCUUUUGCAGCGCAAGGAUUCCCCAAAGCCCGUGAGCGUCUCGAGGACCUCAAGAAGGGCGGAAGCAGAAUGCAGAAGACCCGUCUCUCUCGCUCCGCUGUCAACAAACAGAGUGAUGGAGACUGUGUUCUGAUGUAG